ACCUGUCGAGCAAUUAUUACAUAGAGACCUUCAGCGAGCGCAGUGCGUAGACCAGAGUAUAUCAAGUCAAACAAGGGAAUACAAAGAAACGCGCGUAUACUCGGCAUCUGUUGUCCAGGAACCGAUUGAACUUAAUGAAAGUAGCGUACAAUCACUGCGGCAGGUUUUUGGGAAACAGGAUUCGUUCCAGCAAGAUAGAGGGUUGCCGCAAUCUGAGAAAAAGAUAAGCAGAACUGACUCUAACGCUUGUGUACGUACUAGUUAUAUCGUGAGGACAACUUCUACUUCUGCCGAGAGUUCAGUCAAAAGGCAACCAUCCCUUGGGUACCAAACACAGGUGACGUCCUGUUCUCCGAAUAGGACUUUCAGAGAGGUCGACGUCGGAAAGCGCCGAGAGAGAAGAGCAGCUAGGCGUUCUGGUUCUAAUAGUAGUUCGGGUAGCGCAGAAUCCUGCAACAUGGGGAAUGAAACGCAGAAAAUGGCGCAGGCCGAUGUCACGGUGGAGGAGGAUGCGGGCGGGAAUAAAAUGAUUGUGGUCGAGGGACAGAAUAUUAGGCUCCGCAGUGAAAACUAUAACACGGGAAAGAUAGGAGCAAAAAGGGUCGUUUUGGUGCCAGAAAGUGCCAGGUCAGGUAACAAACAAGUCCAAGUCGAAUCAGAGGAGAGUGUCAGCUCUUACGAUUCGUAUGAUAAACGUGGCCAAAAGGAGAUGAUGGUUGUCACGAAUGGCCGGUUGCGGGAAAGCACUUAUACGGGGCCGAACGCAAGUGUGAAAGUGGCGAAGAUCAGUACUCCGACCAAUGAAAGGAAAGAGGUUAGUGUAAUGCCGCAGCCGCAGUCGAGUGAGGAAAGCACACCGCGGGGAAGGGUCACAAGGGUGAACGUUGUUAAGCGUCAGGUCAGCAGCUCUACGUCUGAUGGCCAGUCAGUGGACGAAGUCAAUCCACGAGACGUCAGACAGUCAAUUCUUUUAUUCGAGAAGCCUCAACAAGUUCAUCGCCAGCGUAUGCAUAUUGGAGAAAAGGAUAAAGUCAGAAGGUUGACCCAUCAAAAUCACCCAACACCAGACAUGGUCAAAGAAGUCACCAUACGACCACAGCAUGCAAUUAUUCAUCGAGCAGAACCACGAAGAGAGGAGAACAAGAUCAUCCGGGUUGCCAAUUCCGCUCAUUUGGCGAGAUCACUCAAAGGGGAUGAGAUCAUUUUGGAGAAGUCUCCACCACCAAAUCGUAUCGUAAGGGAACAUGUUUCUGCUGUCAGGGAAGGUGUCCCGCCACAUAUUUCGAGGGAGCAAAACGUCAAAGAGAUCCGACAUAACGCACAGAUCCCGCUAAAGCCGAAGCCGCCCGCCCAGGUGAGAAGGGAUGACGAUAAUGUAUUCAACAGUCAAUAUCGCGUCCGUAGAGAGAAUCCACUAUUCGCUUCGCAGAAUGCCAACAGAAAUAUACACCGCCAUGGCCACGUUGUCGUUAAGCAAGCUGAGACAAAUGGCAACCGUGAUAACCGCCAUCUUGGCCACGUUGUCGUUAAGCAAACUGAGGCAAAUGGCAACCGAGACAAUCGCCACCUCGGCCAUGUCGUUGUUAAGCAGGCUGCAAAACAUGUUGCAGAUGAGGAACCGCACUAUGCAACAAUUAACAAAGUUCGAAAUCAAGGCAAUCAGGUGCGGACGGAAGUUCACGUCACUCCAGUUAGUCCAAUCAGCUAUAACAACCGACCAAAACAGCUAAAUGUUCACAAUCAAAAGACAACAGGAUCUGAGUCCAAGGAAUAUGGACUUUCUUCUUUGUUAGCCCGUCAGGCAUGUCAAAGUGAAUCAAAAGUUGAAAAGAAAAUCGUACACGAUGAAGUUGAAGGAGAGAUAACGGAAACCAAAAUUGUUAAGACAGAAUCAAUCCCCACUGCGCCGGAGCGCCGUUCGAAGAAGGAAACCAAGGUUGCCGUUGCCUCAGACGGGCCUUUACCAAGGAAAGAGAGGCUGGCGCAUGUUAUCGUGGAUGAGACGAUUACCCCAACUCAAAGCAGACGUGUCGAGAAAGGACUAGAUGUGUCGCUCUUGGAAUCGGGGAACAUGAAGGAGCGAAAGUCGAAGGUUAAGAAAAACGUGAAUACGGAUGCUGAUGUUCAAAGAUCAGGUACUUCUCCUCUUCUCACUCAUCGCACAUUUGUAGAUAGCAAUACUCCUGCUUCCUCUGAACUAACCUCUACCCUUGAUGGCUUAGGCGCCGGGACGAAACAGCAUACAACUCAUUGGCUUAUUCCCGAUGUGUCUAACCGUAGUGAAGUGAAGGAAAGCGAAGCUAGUGUGGCCAGUGCGACGUAUAGAUCCAAUUUGACUGUCGGGCCACGAAUAGGAACUGUUGCAUUGGUUGCUCGCGAUGUCACUGACUUAGUGGUCGCUCCUAAAGCCAAGAAAAGGCCAGCAUCAGACUCCGAGGUGAAAUGUCAGACGCAGAGUAUCUAUUACAUUAACGUAAGGGAUGACACGCCAUUGGAGGUGAAUUUGGAACCGGCGGAAAAUGUAAUGGACAUAGGCCAUGGGGGUAUCUAUAUUGAGGAUGUCCAUCCAAAUGUUGAGUCGACUUAUAUGAGCGAACGCUCUGAUAAUGAUGAUACUGCUUCGGUACGGUCAAUGUAUUACACGGAAAUAGACCUGGAUAAGAAUUUGAGUUGCCUGCUGCCGGGAUGGAGAAACGAGGAAGAUGAGGAUGUUCUGAAGAACAUCGAUGCAAUGGACGAAGACGAAGAGAACACCGAGGCCAGGACGAGUCAGACUAAACGAAGCAAUAUUCAGGUCGCUCGAGGAAACAUCUUGAUUAAAAAUGCUAUGAGCGCAAGCAACGGGCCGAAGUAUGUUGACGUGAUGGAAGACACUAAUGAAGUGCAGAGCAAGGAGAAUGUUGAGGUGGAUGAUAUCGCGAAUGUCUUUGAUAAUCAUUUUCACGUGAAUCGGGAAAAUCCCCUGUACAACAGUGAUAACGAACUUAACAAAGAAGAAUCGCGAAACGUGCGCGAGCGGUUUGCCCCUCAUAACAAGCUUGGGCGAAGCGAGUCCCGGAGUCGUUACGGAGAAACUGGCCAGCUCUCUGGUGAGGCCGCGCACAACUCCAGCUACUUCGAUGGAGACACUGGCUUCAAUACCAGUUUCUCUACGAGUGGGGCGCGGCAUGGGUAUUCGAAAGGGCACACGUCGGGCAGUUACCUCAUCGGCCAUCAGUCACCAAUGAUCACAAGGAGUCGAAAGGUAAAUUCAGAUGUUAACGGAUUGGUUUACGCUGUACCGAAGGCCGUUUUCAAGUCCAUGACACAUUUUGACCGGCAACGUGUUGGCAAUGGAUCUCAAAAGUCGGAGGAUGUAUUGCUAAGCAAUGCUCAGCUUCCUGAUCAGUUCUUCUACGCCUACGAAGGGAGCAAGCUCAAGAAACAUCUGAGGAAUGGUACGGGUCAUGGUCAGGAUACGGUUGACGGUGCGGAGCAGAUUACGGCGACAGUCUCAAGCAAUGUGCACUCCGAGCGCCAGACAUUGGAGGAAAUGGCGGCGACACGACAGCAGAGGUUAAAGCCAAAUAGCAACUCUGUGCGGCAGAAUGUACACGUCGAUCAUGAGGAGUCGGACAUCAAAGGAGAACCACAUCUUUUUCAUGCAGAUGGCUCAGACGCCAACUCACUUGAUUUAUUGACCUUUGACACCGUUUCUGAAGACGUGAACCUAGGUGUUAAAGAUGGCGUCGCGCAGGUCGAGGUCAAGGUAAAAUGUGAACGGGUUUCUCCGAUUGAAGGUUCAGCGGACAUGUGGCGAAAGAGUGCAGUGAUUAUCACCAGGUUGAUUCAGAUUAACUUAGAAGGAAAUGAUGAGAGGCGUGAACUGUACCGUAAGAUCUUGACCAAUGAGUUAGGCGGAAAGCCUAUGAUUGACAAUAAACCAGCCAAUCUGGGAACUUUUCAGAAUGGGGAGGUAGUCCUCGACAAGAAACAAACAUUUCAUGUUUAUUCCGCGCUGAUGGGGAUAGCAGAUGAGGAGGAGAGGGAGGCCUUGUUGGAGAGAAGGCCAAGUAAACUUCUCUCUCUUGACUCCGGGGAACCCGAGGAUGUUGUUGGUGACGUGCACCGCUACGUCAAAGCGAGAAAGUCAAUUAAGAAGGAGCGAUCUCACAGAAAGCAUCAUCAUCGUAAGUCAAGCAAACGCGGGGACGCUUCGGGACCAAGUAUUACGUCCGCUGAUUUGUUGUAUUAGUUUUGGAAAUUUGGAAAUACUAGUACAACUUUUAAACUUUGCAAAGGAGAUGCAUCGGGACCAAUUGUCACAAGUCCGCUGAUUUCUUGGGCGUACUGGACUUUGCGCAAUAUUUCGCCAAAAAAGUAUUCUACGCAACGGUCCCUAGGUGACUUUUCCUAUUCAUAAUACACAGCCUGUCCAUCCUAGAUCGUGGUUACAUGGGGAGUAAUCGUUGUAAAAUUAGGCCAAACGCAAAGACAGUUAACCCGGGUACCACUAUGUUUACGAUGCGAACAAACCGUGUAAGUCAUUAUCAGCAUUUUUUUCAUUGAACAUUUGCGGAUACAGCGUCACAGGGAGCAGCAUUGAACGGUAAACAGGUUUACAUCAUAUUCAGACAACGGCUUAACGACCACACAGGAAACGAUUCGUAUCAACAAAACUACGGGCCGUAUCGUCUGUUUCAUGUGUUUUUGCAUUACGCCCCCUGGUGCCAAACAAAGAAUAAUUUUGGAACGAAAUUUGGUGUGAAUUUGUAAACAAAGUUUUAAGUCCAGACCUCAA